AAUGAACCUAACAGUCAUGUUUUUGGACUGUGAGAGCAAGCCUGAGUACUUGCAGAAAACCCACAAAUGCACGGGGAGAACACACAAGCUCCAUGCAGAAAGACCCCGGGCCCGGAAUUGAACCAGGAACCUUUUUGCUGCAAGGCAGCAGUCCUAAACACUGCGACCUGACACUGAACGACAUUUGAGCCUUUAUCAAAGAGAAAAAAGUAUUUAUCUUCAAGCUUUGACUGCUUUGACUACUGUGAUUUUAGGGAAGACCUUAAAUAAUGGGGAUUAGUCUAUGAUUAGGAUUAUUUUUAUCCAAGUUUAAUGUUUUCCCAGAGCCUUUGUGGAUUUCCUCUGCUGCUCCUGCUUCCUUGGGCAUUCCAAAGAAUCCUGAAAUGGCACAGGUUCGUUCAAAGCUCAAAAGCCAUGCCUAUUCUUAAAAAGCUCCCUGGCAGAUCCAAGAGUUGCCAUGAGUUCCCCCGAGUGAAGGGAGAGUUUAUCAUGCCCCGGCUUGACUUGGACUUGAGGGACCUGAAUGAUCUCCAUGAGCUGAAGGAGCUGAAUGAACUGAAAAAAAACCUUAACCCCUUUGAGGAUGUGGACUUGGACGAGGACGAGAAGAAUGAAGGAGACAAAGGCCUCUUCAUGGGGGAGGUCGGGGGGAACCUCCACCUGAGGUCCUGUCAUGAUGGAGAAGAGGAAGAGAAUGAACUGAACGCAGAAAAGCAUGGAGCAGGGAACCUCAAAGCGAGGCCACUCAAGGGUACUCUGGAACGGAUCUGUGGAGUCUCACCUCUCAAAACCCUUGGAAAAUUAGGGAAGGGUCUUCGCAUAUCAGGGCGAAAUGUGUGGGGGAACAGCUUUCCCCACUACCACCCUGGAGACUCCAACACACUCCCAACAGAGAAGGAGAGGAGAAAAGGGCUGCGGAGAGGCUCAGAGGGGAUAAUGACCCUACUUCGCUUCACAGGACGGCGUAAAGAAGAGCGCAGGGAAAGCCUGCCCUGUGGGGACCUGAGCACAGAGAGUUAUGCAGAGGGAUCCAGGCGACCUUCUUGUCUCAGGAUCAGCCUUGGCAAGCUGAAGAGAGAAUCAAUGUCCGAUCAAGCUUCACAAGAGGCUGAGGAUGAGGAGGUGGAGGAGGAACCUUUGGUCAAAACCAGAGAACCCCUGUCAGUUCUAGAGAUUCUACAGUUGGUCAACCACAGAGACCUUCUCUUGGCUGACACGCAUAUCCUAGAACUGGAGAGAGAGUGUGAGCUCCUAUCAUUGCUGCCAGCCACAACUGCAUCCAGUCCUACGUCUACCUUAAGUGGCAGCACCCCUCCUAUUGGCCAUCUUCUAUCUUCUUCAUCAUUUGAUGAGGCACUUAGCUCUAAUGCAACUCUAGACUCAAGCAAAAGGAAGGCUAAGGAUGUUGAGCUCUUGUAUGAAGCCUUGCAGAGGGAGAUGUGGGACGUGGUAAGAGAGUCGCUGCGCCAGCCCAGUGCUGGCCCUAACCUUGGUCUCGUGGUGCUGGUGAUACAACAGGAGGAGCAUGCCGAUGCAGCUUGGACUAUGAGAGAGGAGACCAGGACAGAGCGAGUGAGCCCCCACAUUCAAAACAGCCAGCGCCCUCGAAGGCUGAAGAUGAAGUGGAGGCAGGCAGUGGCAGAAGCCGCAGACUGGAGCCUGCCUCACCAGGUAGAUACUCAGGCAGGCCAACUGGCCUCUUAUCUGGAGCGUUUGAGGAGCCGUAUGGUGGACGAUCUAGAUGCGGCUAGGAGGAAUGCUGUAUCCAUAUACCCAGAAGAGUUUGCAGCCUUUCAGGUAUAUGUAGAAAGCUACCACCAAGCUGUUGCCAAACGUCUUCAGACCAUCACAAGCAGGCCGCUGCAGAUUACAGAUGUCUACUCACUGUUGGACUGGUUUUACAAUAUCUACAACAGGGACAUUCUGGGAACCAUUGGCACCAGUACACCCAUACUCUACACUGCACUGGAGCCUAUUCUUCCCCAACAGACAGUGGACAGGCUGGAGGAAGACUGCAUUCAUAUAGUCCAGGAUAAGGUAACAACAGAACUGAUCCAGGUUCUGGAUGAGGAGGAGAGGCGAUGGGCCCAGACGCUACAUAUAGAGGAGUAUCAGUCUAACCUAUCACGCUCAGUGAUCCAGAGGCUGAAAGUAGACUUGGAUAGAUCCACAUCUGUGAGCCAGUUUCUGGGUGCAAGAGUUGCUCGCUGUUGUCUGAUUGGGCUGGCUGACUUUCUCUUCAGCUUUCGUAGGAAGGUGGAAAUGUUUCAUGAUACGCAGGCAGAGUUUGGAGACCGAGGGGACGGAUACGUGUCCAGGACCAUAGCUCUGGUUAACUGCUGCCCUCCCCUGAGGACGUUUGUGGAGCGUUGCAGGCAGUGUGACCCACAGGGUAGUGAAGAGUCAGCUCAGAGAGCCAACUCUUCCCUGGACAGAAUCAUCAGCCAGUCAGUGCGGGUUCUGACGGACAGACUGUUUGAGCACAUAAGGCCCUUCUUCGACAAACUGAUGAAGAGGAAAUGGCUGAACAACACUGAGGCCUUUGAAGCCAUUGAAGCCAGCAUUAAACAUCACUUCAAAAAGUUCAAAAGAAUGGACCCUCCUCCAUAUCAGACAUUGGUGGGUGAAGUCCACAGACGGGUCCUGGUAGAGUAUGUUCGAGCCAUCAUGCAAGGACGGAUCAUUUGCACCUCCUCCAAAAUGAGAAAAAGGGUGGCUUUUCGUCUACAAGAUGAGGCAAAACAUCUGAAAGGGCUCUUUAGGGAUUUGGAGUCAGGUGCCUCCUGGUUGGACAGUAUCAUCUGCCACCUAGCCGACAUCAUCCUCCUCGAAGACACUCCAUCCAUCCAGAUGGAGGUUGCUGUUCUAGUGAAGGAGUUUCCUGAUAUACGGAAGAAGCAUGUCUCUACUGUGCUGAAUGUUCGAGGCAUGACACGGCAGGCAGAGCGACAGGAGAUCCUUAAUGUCGUCAAAGAUUUUGAGUGCAGCACCGCCCUCAUUUGCCGGGAACGUGCUCUUUUUUCUGACAUCCCCAUUACCUCUGAAGUGCAUUGCAUCAGCCUAAGUCUCCUGCGUCUCGUCAUGUCGGUCUCUAACUGGUUUUCGGAGCACCGGCCGAGGCGGAGGUUGAGGACAAAAGCUAUGAAUGCAGCAUCUCAAGCAGCUGAGGUAGUGGAAGAGACAAACAAGCUCCACAGAGAAGAAUAGAGCUUAGAUGAAAUGUACAUGCACCUUUAAUAACAAACAGUCUCCUUAAGAAACUUGAGCUCAGGUACUGCUGGUACUGUACCCGCUUCCUGACAUUUGUCCGUCUUUGCUUUAAAUGUUUGAAACUGAUUCUGGGUGUUUUAACUUGUCAUAGUUUGAACUUAAGAUCUGCACAUAACAGAAAAGUAAUCACAUGGUUAAAAUGUAAAAAAGAAAAAAUUGAUAAAUCACUUGUUCUUUAUUUCUAAAUCUUUUAUUCCUCCACAACU